AUGGAGUCUUCUUCUUCUUCUCCAUUGCAGAGAUCUGGUGUCACCCUUUUCAGGCCAUUCCACGUAAAACCCCAUAAUUCUCCAUCUUCAAAUCCGCUCUUCAUCUUCUUUCUUUUCUUCUUAAUCUGCAACUUCUCCUCUGUAGCCUCCAAGCCUUCAGAUUCGGCUUUUGAAGCUACUUACAUUCGUCUCUGCAACGAUGUCGUCGAAGCAUCUGCGGCGCGGUUCGAUGCCGGAACCUCCCCCGGCAUCGCCGACUCGCUUCGGUUUCAAUUUGGUUACUUCGCCGGCGGCGAUCGAGUUUUCAAUCAAUCCACCGCGUUGAACUACUCAAAGCGCCUGUCGUUUCGCGCAACCUCAGUUCGGAGAAGCGUGAAAGACGGCGUUUACGAAUUGCGAGGGAAAUUGGUUCUUCAGCAACGAGGAGGAGUGAAACCGCCUCGUGGCAGGUUGCUCGGGAGAGUUUAUCCGGGACGAAGAGUGUCGCAUUGGAAGGUAUCGCAGUGGAUGCGCGUUUCUCUGAGUGGAUUUUGGUCACAAUCUUCUGGUAAGCUUUGUAUGUUUGGAAUAGGAUCUUAUGGUAAUUUGCGAAAUGCUAAUGUUGUUGUUAAGCUUCGUUAUCCGCGAGAUUUGACUCUUUUGGAUAGUUUGAUUCGUGGGACUCUAGAAAGUUUUGAUGACAAGAAUAGCUUGCAUUACUUUGAACCGAUUUCGUUGUUGGCUUUAUCUCAGAGUUCAAAUUACAAGUUUACACUAGUUGGAAAUGACAAUGAGAAUGGUUGUGUAGCUGGGUCAAAUGAAGAGAGUUUGUCCCUUCAAAACUUAAGCCAUGGUGCCUGCACUGUGUUUCAUGGACACACAGAUAGAUUUGAAUUGGAAUAUGGGGAUCAGUGCCAUAAUGUUAGUUGCAAUCCACUUGGUGCUGAUGUUAAAAAGUUGCCUGAUUUUAUGCAUUUUUAUGGCAUUCGAUGCAUGGAGAGGCAGAAGGUUCAGAUGCUUUUGGGUUUUCCUGGCUCCGCCUACAGUGAUGUUGUGUUUCCAUUUUAUCCGAAUACAACAUUGAUAUCUGAGGGAAUGUGGGAUGAGAAGGAGAACCGGCUUUGUGCAGUCGCAUGCCGGAUCUUGAACUUCACAGAAUCGUGGGUUGAUCCUUAUGUUGGAGAUUGCUCAAUUAAGCUCACGUUAAGAUUUCCUUCAGCUUUAUCUUUAAGAAACAGGAGUACUGUUUUGGGCCAGAUUUGGAGUGACAAAGUGGUUGGUGAAUCUGGUUACUUCAGUAAAAUUGGAUUUCAGGGUUCCUCAAAGUUAUCAAGAGGCCUCCAUGGUUUCCAAUACAAGUAUACUGAAAUUGACAGAGUAAGAAAAUCUUGUGCAGAAAAGAUGACUGCUAGAGGGAAGGGGAAGAUGUAUCCGGAUGGAUAUUCUUCUGAUAUGACAUUUAGCAUGUUAGUGACAAACAGCAAAGGAGAAGUAGCUCAAGGUUACUCAUCACCACUAUUCAUGGGCGAUCAAAUUAAUGAUGGACGGUCAUAUGGGGUUCCAAAUAUGUUGACGAUGGGAAAGUUGAAAAUACACAGUAUUCAAUCAGAUAACUACCUCAAUUUGUUGAACGUCAGCUAUUUAAUAAGCUUUAAUCCUCCUCCUGAUUUCAAGUUUGGUGGUGAGCUCACUUCAACCGAAGUUAAAAUUGAUGCUGAAGGAAUGUAUAAUAGAAAUACUGGACUUCUGUGUAUGAUAGGAUGUCGGCACUUGAAAUCAACUGACAAAAUACUGAUAAAGAAUGAUUAUCUGGACUGUGAAAUCAUGGUUAAUGUCCACUUUUCUCCAUUGAAUGCAAAGGGAGGUGAAUCUGUUAAAGGAACUAUAGAAAGCACAAGACAAAAGUCAGACCCUUAUUAUUUUGAUCCCCUUUAUUUGUCUUCAUAUUCCAUUUACACAAGCCAAGCAGAUGCAUCCAUUUGGAGAAUGGAUUUUGAGGUUAUUAUGGUUUUGAUAUCAAACACACUUGCUUGUGUGUUUAUAGGAUUGCAACUCCUCCAUGUGAAAAGUCACCCAGACGUGCUUCCCUAUAUUUCUGUUGUGAUGAUACUUGUUAUUACUCUAGGUCACAUGAUUCCCCUGAUGCUGAACUUUGAAGCUUUAUUCACGGAAAACCAUGGCCAGCAGAACGUUUUUCUUGGUAGUGCAGCCUGGCUUCAAGUGAAUGAAGUAUUUGUGAGGAUGGUGACACUGAUAGCCUUCCUUCUAGAGUUGCGUCUUGUACAAUUGACCUGGUCUUCAAGACAGGGUGAGGGAAGCAAUCCAGGUUUGUGGGUUUCUGAGAAAAAGGUUCUUUUUAUGACUCUACCAUUGUAUAUUGGUGGCGGAUUGACAGCUUGGUUCAUGCACAUAUGGAAGAAUUCUAACCAGAAAAGAUUUGAACCAUUCAGACUUUCACGACACAGGUUUCGGUUUCCUCGUGGACAUUCUUACCAGCUUCCUUCCCUCUGGGAAGACUUUAAAUCUUAUGCUGGUUUGCUCCUGGAUGGUUUCUUGCUCCCACAAAUACUAUUCAACAUAUUAUUUAAUAACUCUGAAGGAAAGCCUCUAGCAUCUUCUUUUUAUAUUGGGACGACCAUUGUUCGUAUAUUGCCCCAUGCAUAUGAUCUUUACAGAGCUCACAGUUCUCCAUGGUACCUUGAUUUAUCAUAUAUAUAUGCAAGCCAUAGAAUGGAUUUUUAUUCUACAGCCUGGGACAUCAUAAUCCCUUGCGGUUGUCUUUUAUUUGUUCUCCUCGUAUACUUUCAGCAGAGAUUUGGCAGCCGGUGCAUUCUUCCAAAGAGGUUCAGAGAAAGUUCUGCCUAUGAGAAAGUACCUGUUAUUGGUAACGAUGAUUUGUGAUACCCUAAUAUUGAUUGCAUUUUGUAAAAUGA